GAUUAUCCAAGGAAAAAAAAAAGAAUUAGAGAAUGGGGUCAGCCGCGACCAACAAAAUAUAAGUAUAAGCAGAGCAUAAGCCCCAAAGAGCCUCACAGAAACCCUAGAAAUCAAACAAAUGGGCGAGCUCAACAACCAAGAAGACCCUACUGUUAACCACACAUUCCCUCCUAAACGAAAGCCCGAAGAACAAGAUGCACUCAUUCACUCUGAUUCCGCUACCAAGAAGCCCAAACCCGAAGCCCUGCUCGAAUCCAAAGUAAUCGAAACCAAAGUAAUUGAAACCAAAGUAAUUGAAGAGCAACACAUUGAAGACGAAGACACUGAAGAAGAUGAAGAAGAGUACGAAGAAGAAGAAGAGGAUGAGGAUGAUGAUGACGAUGAGGAAAAUUCAAAUGGAGAAGCUGAAGUUGAUGUUAAGGGAAAAGGAAUAAUGAAGGAGGAUAAAGGCAAAGGCAAGCUUAUCGAAGAGUCGGAAGACGAUGAAGAUGAUUCCAGUGAUGGCGCUGCUGAUGUUUUUGGUUCGGAUGAUGAGAGUGACAGUGAUUUGUCUGAGGAUCCUCUUGCUGAAGUUGAUUUGGAUAACAUUCUCCCUUCCAGGACUCGGAGUCGUCGUGGUGCGUCUCGUGGUGUGGUUAUCGGAAACAGUGAUGACAAAGAUAAUGAUGAUGAGUAGUAGAGUAUGAGGAUUAUUGCGCCUGGUUGUAUUGGCCUAUUGAACUUGUGAUGGAAUUUUACUUGGUUCGCGACUUUAAGUGUUGUUUUGGUUUUGUUA